ACAAAUGUUAGCAGCAAGGAAUUGCAUAAAAUAUCUUAGCAACGUCAACAUUUAAAAAUAAAUUAAUAUAUUAAAUUAAAAAAGUAAUAGAAAAGUGUUUAAUUAAAAAUGCCACAAGACCAACAUCAACAAAUUGAUGGAGUUGAAGGUGAAAUUGAGAAUGUACGUGUUGUGGUACGUGCGCGUCCAAUGGACAACUAUGAGAUCAGCAACGGUUCAGUAAAUGCAAUAAAAGUGGAUAAAAUCAAUCGAGCAAUCACUGUAGUAAAACAGAAUGCAACAAUAAAUGAACCACCAAAAACGUAUUACUUUGACAAUGUCUUUGAUGCGGAUUCCAACCAAUUAGACCUGUAUGUAGAUACGGCAAGACCAAUUGUAGAGAAAGUACUUGAAGGAUAUAAUGGCACCAUACUUGCAUACGGCCAAACAGGCACUGGUAAGACUUACACUAUGUCUGGUAAUCCCGAUUCGCCUCAGACAAAAGGCAUAAUACCCAAUGCAUUUGCGCACAUAUUCGGUCAUAUAGCAAAAGCUAGAGAGAAUCAGAAGUUUUUGGUCCGUGUCAGCUAUAUGGAAAUUUAUAAUGAAGAGGUGCGUGAUUUACUAGGCAAAGAUGUUAGCAAAAGUCUUGAGGUAAAGGAACGUCCCGAUAUUGGUGUUUUUGUAAAGGAUUUAAGUGGCUAUGUGGUGCAUAAUGCGGAUGACUUAGAGAAUAUAAUGCGUUUAGGUAAUAAAAAUCGUGCUGUAGGCGCUACCCAAAUGAAUGAAGAAUCCUCACGUUCGCAUGCAAUAUUUUCAAUUACCGUAGAAAGCAGUGAACUGGGUGAGGAAGGCAUACAACACGUUCGUAUGGGAAAAUUACAGUUAGUAGAUUUGGCCGGUUCUGAGAGGCAGAGUAAAACUCAGGCAACUGGGCAACGUUUGAAAGAAGCUACAAAAAUUAAUUUGUCACUUUCUGUGCUCGGAAAUGUUAUAAGCGCUUUGGUAGAUGGCAAGAGCACACACAUUCCUUAUAGGAAUUCCAAACUUACACGUUUGUUGCAAGAUUCUUUAGGUGGUAAUUCUAAAACUGUUAUGUGUGCAACAAUUGGUCCAGCAGACAGCAAUUAUUCCGAAACUAUUUCCACUUUACGUUAUGCAAGUCGUGCUAAGAACAUACAAAAUCGCAUGCAUAUUAAUGAAGAACCCAAAGAUGCCUUAUUGCGUCACUUCCAGGAAGAAAUCGAACGUCUACGUAAACAGCUUGAAGAAAGCACUUUUGAUGAUCAGUCACUGGAAGAGGAUGAUGACGAUGAGGAUGAAGAAGAAGAAGCAAUUGAAAUUGAAGUAGAAGAGAAUCGUGUUGUUGAAAAUGGUAAGAAACUUAAGAAGAAACGUGAAAAGAGUGAUGCUGAAAAGGAAGCGCUGGAGAAGCGCGUACGUGAACAUGAAAAAGAAAUCGAACAUGCAAAAUCCGAAAAAUCUGAUUUACUUAACAAACUCAUGUCAUUGGAAGGUAAAAUACUUGUCGGCGGUGAAAAUUUACUCGAAAAAGCACAUACACAAGAACAACUUUUAGAGCAAUCCCUAGCCGAAUUGGAAGAGCGUGAAAAAGCUGAGCAAACUUUGCGUGCAACAUUACAACAAAAAGAAACCGAACGUAUUGAUAUUGAAGAACGUUACUCAUCUCUGCAGGAUGCUAGUACUGGUAUUACGAAGAAAAUACACAGGGUCAUGCAAAUGCUCAUGGGUGUCAAGUCUGAAUUAGCCGAUCAACAACAAGAACAUCAACGCGAAAAGGAAGGUGUCUAUGAAAAUAUACGUAGCUUAUCUCGUGAACUAGCACUAUGUGAACUCGUUUUAAAUUCCUACAUACCAAAGGAAUACCAGUCAAUGAUAAAUCAAUACACACACUGGAACGAAGACAUUGGCGAGUGGCAGUUGAAAUGUGUUGCCUAUACUGGCAACAAUAUGCGGAAGCAUAUCGCAGACUCCAAGAACAAUAAUAAAGAACCCGACUUUGUUGACCUAUCUCAUGUCUAUCUCAGCUAUAAUACAGACAGUGUUACUAACCCAGUUCGCGCAAAGUCAGCACGUCCACGCACAUCGGGCGUACCUCGUCCGACGACCGCUACUAGGCGUUAUUGAGCAUUGCAGAUAAUUUUUGAUUUCGUUAUUUUAAGUAAUCAACUUUUUCGAAAGCAAAUAUGGAUGAUUUUAAUCUUAUUUUUAAGUUAUUAUAUAUGCUAAUUUUUAAAAGAAUGCUAUUUCCGCCUUAACCAAAGUGAUUUGAAUUAAUUUUUUUAUUGUUAUUAUUGUUGUUAAUUUUGAAUAUAAUUUUAAGAAAUACUCAAAUUAUUUAUUUAACUAUCACAAAUGUUAAAGCCAUAAUUAUGACCGUUCCAUAAUGCAUUUACGGAUAAUUUAUUAAUAUUAAUGUUAUUAAAUUUAAGUUA